CCUUGACGGGGCGCUGAGGCUCUAUAUAUUGUCGGGGCGAGGACAGAGAAGCAGCAGCAGGCAUUAGCAGCUCACGUCUACAACAUCACCAUGAAGCUCCUGGUAGUUCUGGCUUUCGCUUGGUGCUGCAGCGCCCAGGUAAUAUUGCCAUACUCUAUCGCGCAACAGUACCGCUUGCAGGACGCCUUCGGUCAGUCGACGUUUGGCUACUACGGUUACAACCAGAAUCACCACCAGACACGCCGACCUGACGGUAGUGUUGUUGGCCAGUACUCCUACAUCAACCCCGAAGGGAAACCUGUUGUCACCUUUUACGAGGCUGGAGCGAAAACAGGCUACCGCGUCAAAUCCAACAACCUUCCCGAGGCAGUAACUGCGGAACUUUCCCCCCCUGUAGACACCAACGUCGCUCCUGAGCCAGUGCAGUACACUGCCGAGGUAGCUGAAGCCCGGGAGGCCUUCCAGAAACUGUACGAUGCUGCAGCCGCCAGACCGUCCACCUCCGAGGAGGCAACACCCACCCGCCGAAAGCGUCAGGCAGUAUUCUUUACCUACCCUGUCCCCGCCGCUAAGGACGCCCCCACACUCAAGACGGUAACCGGUCAGGACAUCCCCACUGCGGUACAUAUCCCCAAUACUCCCCAGUUUGUGUAUACAUAUCCUUUCAAUCCUGUCACUCCUUACACCAUCCCAUUCAACUACCAUGGCUUCCCCUUCGUAAGAGCCCCACUAAGGCCUCAGAGUGAAGUAACUCCAGCAGCAGAGGAAGGUAAUGCCGUUGAGGAGGCUCGUCGCCGACGUCGCUCAACACCUCAAAUUCCACAAGUCGUCUCCUUCCCUUUCGCACACCCCGUCACCUCCACCAAGUUCACGACGCAGCAGUUCGAAUCUGCUGAGGCCGACACCCCCGCAGACACUGACAAGAUCGUCCUUACCACCAAGGAAUACGAGUAUCCCGCCUUCGGUUACGCGUCGCCUCUCACUUAUGUACGACCAGUGACUCCUGAGGCCACCAAAGGCCAACCAAUCACCUACACCAUUCCUUUCACUCAAAACUUCGCGCCUUACACACAUGGCUUCCCCUUCUACAGUCCCUUCCCCUUCGUCCCUGCCACUCAUGCACAGACACCCACAGCAGGUGUGACCGAAGCUUAAGCCCUGUCGACCACGCCCUCUCUUUCAUUUCUUAAAACAGCUGAAGAACCUUGGCUCGUUCAUGAUUUGCUUCGUCUGUGUCGCUGAUGCGUUCGUGGCUACUAUACUCACGUCCGUGGCUACAUGUGGCUGCUAGCAGUACUGUACAAGGCGGAUGUCUGUUGUGAGAGACGUGUGGGUGAGGGGCCCCAAGAUCAGGUGAUGGUUGACCCCCACUUAUGGUGAUGGGUGACCCCCACUUAUGGUGAUGGGCGACCUCCACUUAUGGUGAUGGGUGACCCCCACUUAUGGUGAUGGGUGACCCCCACUUAUGGUGAUGGGUGACCCCCACUUAUGGUGAUGGGUGACCCCCACUUAUGGUGAUGGGUGACCUCUACUUAUGGUGAUGGGUGACCUCCACUUAUGGUGAUGGGUGACCCCCCUCUUAUGGUGAUGGGUGGUAAUAUACCCCCUUAUUGUAGUCGUGCAGCAAAAAAAUAAAAAAAAACAUCAUC